GAGUAGAAGGAGAGUCCCCAUACAUACUGGCCUAGCGAGCAGUUCUUUUUGAAAAGAACAGAACUCUUCCCUUUCUUUUCUGGUGCUGCUAUCCAUUACUGCACAACAUCACACACGCGAAAAAACAACAACCAAAAAAGAUGACCGACGUCCUCUUCGAUGUGCGCAACGCGCUGACCGUUGGCAACUUUCACCAGGCCAUCGCCGAUGGCAGCACCGCACGCGGUAUGGCAACGAAGCCCGCCGAGGUGAGUGACUUCAACGUGGAAAAGAGCGCAGUGGUGGCGCUGGGUCAAAUCGGUCUCGGGCAGGGCGACGCCGUGAUCAGCCAGCUGCGCUCCGAGAGUAGUCCGCUGCUCGUGAGUGUGCGGACGUGGGCGGAGUUGAUGGUCGCCUUACGCGACAACGAUCCGCUGUCCGACACGGUGGCCUCCGUGGUGGCGCGCCUGCAAAGCGACGCGGAAACGGUCUCGGCGGAGGCCAUGUACAAGGCGGUCUUUGCCGCCACGGCUCUUCUCUACCAGUACGAUGUCAUCGGUGCCUUGACGCUGGCGAAGCGGUGGCUCGGCGCGCUGCAAAAGCCAGAAGGGGCCCUUGCGAUGCGCCGCACCGUGGAGUUGCACGCCGUUGCCGUGGAGGCGUUGCUGCGGCUGAACCGCCCCGACGAGGCGGCGAAUGAGGUGAAGCGAAUGGAGCAGGUGGACAGCGAGGCGAUUGUGACGCUGCUCUGCGCCGGCAUCGUCGCGCUGCAUCAAGCCGCCCUCAACGUCGCCGCACAGACCUACGAGGCGGCCGUUUCAUCGUUUAAGGAGGUGCAGCUGCGGUGUGGGAAUAGCGUGAUGGUGUCGAAUUUGAUGGCGCUCGCGCAGCUCGGACUGCAGGAUUACGACGCAGCGGAGCGUUCCUUGUUGGACGCGCUAGCAGUGCGGUCGAAUGAUGAGGCGACGCUGGCGAACCUGGCCGCCGUCGGUGCGCACAAGUCGAACACGAUGGACGGAGUGGAGCGCUACAUCCAGCAAGCGGCGAUGCUGCGUGGUGCGUGGAGUGAGGCGUAUCUGAUGAAGGAGAAGAGCCUGGAUGACGCGAUCGAAGCCUUCAAGCUCGAAGGGUAG